AUGUCUGAAAAUCAAAACAACCACACAACGACCGACAUAUCGGGUGAUGAAAAUCAAACACCACCACGAUCUCGGGUAGCAACUUCGGAACAUGAGGAGGAGGAGCAUGGAGCAACCGUGCAAGUGCCAGGAUCAUCUACUCUAUUUCCGAGCGGGAUCAUACAAGAUGGACAAUUUUUUGUAGAUCCCGAAACGAAGCUGGAAUAUGUGUAUCAUGGGGACAAGGGAGCUUGGUUUCCUCAUGUGCAGGAAAAUCAAUUUGAAGAUCAACAGUCAAUUUAUAAUUUUCAAGAAACGGAGGAAAUGAGACAAGAGAGAUUGGAGAAGGAACGUGCGUUGAAAAUACGAGAACAACUACAAAAAGAAAAACUUGAAAAGAAGAAGCGAAAACAUGGUUCCGAAAGCACCGGUAAUCAAAAAUUAUUUGAUUCCAAGAAUGAAGAGAAUAAUAAUGAGCAAGACGAGAAUGAAAUUUCAAUAGAAAAAUCAGAAAAGAAGAAAAAGCCGAACGAUGAUUUUUUACCUGGUUGGCACGAGCAAUUUAAUACUUCAAUAUAUAUUACGGGUUUACCUUUGGAUGAAAAGAAGGUCACUCUGCAAUUUUUAAUUGAGACCUUUUCAAAGUGUGGAAUUAUCAAAACAGAUCCCUUCACAGAGCAGCCAAAAGUUAAAUUAUACAGAGAUGAGCAUGGCAAGCUUAAAGGAGAUGCUAGAGUGACAUUUCUCAAAGAGGAAAGUAUUGAUUUGGCUCUCACUUUGUUUGACGGAGCUUCUCUGUUCGGGGAUGGAUCGAAAAUCACUGUAGAACGUGCCCAAUUUACCAAGCCAGAAAACUAUGACGCUUCACGAAGUUUAGAAUAUCACAAUAGAAGAAAACAAAUUAAGGACAAGGAAAAUAGAAAAUUACAAUGGGGUUUCGGUGAUUAUCCAGAUGAAGCAAUGGCCUCUGAGAAUGAACCACAUGGAAGAGUGGCCAUUCUCAAACACAUGUUUGUUCCUGAAGAUUUCUCUUCGGAUCCACUAUUUGGAGCUGAGUUGAAAGAUGAAAUCAAAAGUGAAGUUGAAAAAAUUGGAAAAGUUGACAAGAUUAAAAUUUAUUCUGAAAAUCCUGAGGGAGUUGUGGAAAUUCGAUUUAAAUCACCGCUCCAUGCUCGAGAAUGCAUUAAAGAGAAUAAUGGAAGAAUGUUUGAUGGACGGCGAGUGGUAGCCUAUUUAUGGGAUGGAAAAGAGAAUUUCAACGUUGUGGAAUCCAAGGAACAAGAAGAAGAACGUCUUGAAAGAUAUACCAAAGAAUAUAUCGAACAAUCCGCUGAAAAAUCGAACGAAAGUAAACCUUAA